AUGCCCGUCCUGAAUCCCUUUCUCCGCGCGCUCUUUCAGAGUAGUGUGCUAGGAAGUGCACUCGCCGCUCAGAACUAUGUCCUCCUUGUUCCGACCACCGAGUCCCUUCUCUACGGCCAAGACAGAGACACCCACAAACGAUUUGCCGAGCAGGUCGAGGAUGAGGACUUCUUGGGCAGUCAUCUCCUCCGAAUUCUACCCAGUGUGGCCGGAAAAGAGGGCAAUGUUCGCGACAAUCGGAACAAGGCAAAGACCUAUGCGACCGUGAAUGGGAGGUCUGUGAUUCUGAAGGAGAAUGUUGUAUACACCAACAAAGGAUUCAAGCAGCUGACCCAGGCCACCCUGUUGACCGACCUCCUGUAUUACUCCCCGGGCCAUGACAUGCAACAAUGGCUUGUCUACUACAUCUCCAAACCACUCACCGGCUUAUUCGAGCCGGUACCGUUCAAGCCCGCCAUCUUCGGAGAGACCAAGGCCCUUCCCCCUGCACUUGCUUCCUCCUCUGAACCUCCGACCCCGAAGAAGAAAGAUGUCAAGACAUUUAGUGAACUUCUCAACAGCUUCCCCAUGAUCGGACGCCAAAUGCAACCGGGGCUGGAGAGGCUGUUCAACGAAUUUGGCAAGGAAUUGGGCCGGCCACUACCUCCACCUCCUUCCCGCAGUUCUGCCAACGGCUCAUUGGAUGGAACCACCCAGGCCUCGGAAAACGAUUCGAUCAAAUCAAAUGGGUCGCUGAAACUUCCGUUCAACUCGGCGGCUUAUUUCGAAGAUGAGGAGGACCUGAUGCGAAGAGCACUGGAGACGGCCGUUACUGCCGCAAUCGAUCUAUUUCAAGGUGUAGACAAACAACAACUUUCCUACCUCGGCGCUACGACGGAUCUGACGGGCCCUGACGUUGAGAGGCUGAUUGAACGAUACGUUGCCGAGUACGUCCAUGACUCUCUCCUAUUUCCACGCCUCUGUGCCUUCUACAAGGUUCAAGACCAGGAGUUGGACCGGCGGAUACGGCAGAUGGAUUGCCUGGACGUCUCACAAGUAGGAAUUGCGAUCGAGGACGGCCGGGCGGGGAAGCGAGAGCUGAUGGGCCGGAUCUCUCGUGGCGUCGCUGCCUUCCGGAGAAUGGGAGUGGCUAGUAGUCCGCAGGAGAUGUUGGAUAUCCUUCUUGAAACUCAGAAGAUCGUUUCUGAGCCGCAGGGAAUCUCGGACGUGGAGAAACGCGCAGUAGCAAUGACCAUCAAUGCCGACGUUCUGGUGUCAUUGAUACUCCUGGUCGUCAUCCGGUCGUCGGUGAGGCAUCUCCAAGCAAGACUGUCUUACAUGCAACGUUUCAUCUACAUUGACGAUGUCGAAAGUGGCGAGAUUGGAUAUGCACUGAGUACUCUCGAGGCUGUCUUGACCUACCUGGCCAGAGAUGCCGCUGGACUUCGGAAAGCAUCGAAACAGAAUCAGUUACUCUGGAACGCUGUGAAGGCUGGCAAAAUUGAUGAUGUCCGGUCGGUGUUCGAAGAAUCGGCCAUUCUGUCGGAUGGGUUUGUCGAUGAGCCUGUCGAUGAGCCUGCCGAAGUUCCUUUGUCCAGGAUCACAACUUCUUCCAGUUGCUUGUCCGAACCUCGACCUCAUAGCUCACUUUCGCGGACUUCUUCCAACGAGGGUGGCUUGUCGCACGUGUUUCCUUUCCAAGCAGCGGAAAAGAGGCCUUCCAUACCCAGACUGAAGAAAAAGGUUCAAAUGGCUGCCCGAAGCCUGUCCAUCUCAUCUUCAUUCUCGUUGGCAUCCAGAGCUGCUACCAUCGACACCACCCUCAGUGGCCUUGAAGGCGACACCUCUGUCCGGAGCCUUGCACAGACACAAGAUGCAAUGGGUAAUUCGAUCCUGAUGAUGGCAAUUGAAAGUCAACAGCCGCAGUCUCUCCGGUACCUGCUGAGCCUUUCCGAACACUACUCGCCGGACGAAGUUCUUUCGGAUGUGACUCAGGAUGGGACCUCAUUAUUGAGUGCUGCGGUUCAGCUUGCUAAUACCGAACUGGUCGAUAUCAUUCUUCAGUAUGCAGAACAGAAUGCCGACGAAGCCAGAUUUAGGAGUUAUCUUGCCCUAACGGAUUCCCGUGGCCGAAGUGUGGCACAUUACUUAUUCAACGCGCCUGAAUUGAUCAAGAGGCUUGCCAACGUCCUUCCCUGGAGACAAAAGGACAAGAUCGGGCACACGCCUUUGUUCGCAAUCUGUCGCACAUACGACCAUCCCGACUACAGCAGCAUGGUCUCAGAAGCUCUCAUUGCAGCGAAGCAAGCACAGAACGAUGAUGGGCCACUGCGUAUCGAAGAGCACACCGAUCACAAAGGGAACUCGUUGCUACAUAUUGUCAAUGAUGCCGGCAUCAUGCAAAGGAUCCUCCAAUAUUGUGACGUAGACUUGAACGCCAUGAACGACAGAAAGUUCACGCCGUUGAUGCUUGCGAGCAAGUAUGGUCGAGUCGAUAUGGUCCGCAUCUUCCUGGGUGAUCCAAGAAUAGAUUUGCACCUGAGAGAAGCGAGAGGCUUGACCGCAGUCGAAUUGGCUAAAGACGACGAAGUGCGAAAUCGAAUCGACGACUUGACAUUGUUCGCACCCGCGAACACUGCAGACAUGGCGGGUCGGAUAACGUCGAUUGUACGGUCAUUUUUCGUCGAGGAUGGCUCGUCACGAUACAUUCUCAAAUCAGGCGCCCCAAACCCGGCCGUCUCAAGUACAACAUACACGAUCACAACCAGUCGUAGAUCUCUGCAAGAUUUCGAGAACCUGGCCAAAUGGCUCCUGAUGGAUUCUCCUGCGUCGUAUAUGCCAACCAUAUCCACAUCCAACUUUCGAAGCCCCUUUCAACUUCAUUCGCGACCAUCCCGGGCAGUUUUAUACGACGCCCAAACCUAUCUUGACCGGUUCCUGAAGAUGCUAAUAAACCAUCCGACCUUUUCGACGCACGAGAUGCUCUGGGAGUUUUUCUUGGUGCCAGACAUGCUUCAAGAGCAAAUGGCGGAGCGGGCCAAGCUCAAGUCGGAACUGGUGCAGGAAAAGAUCAUGGACGAGUAUGAACCGUUGACGUCCAGAGCGGACAUGAAUACCGUUGAAACGGUUGUGACUCAUUCGCGGGAGAUGGUGCGAAGGCUCAAUAUCAGUACCCGGUCGGUGGUCCGGAGAGGCCAUGUCUACGUUCAAGCGCACGCUGAUCUGGCGGAAGCAAUGAGUUUAUGUGCGGUCGCUUUGGCUAGCCUAGGUCCUCCAGCCACCACUCUGUCACAGAAGCACGUCGACACCCUGGUCAAGUUCGCCUCGUUGAUGCACACGGAGCCUGCAUCGUCGCCGCUUGCCAAUUUCGUUUUAUCUUUCAGCUCUCUUCACGCGACCAUUGCGGCCGUGCAAUCGGCACUGUUGAAACCGAGCACCUUGGUCGGCCAGAUCUAUUCCACGCAGCGCGCCCUGGACAAGUACAAAUCCAAUCUCGCCAACAACGCCACCCCGCGCAAAGGGAUCAUGAACAUCAAUUUCCCCGGCACGGAAGAAAACCGAGCCAAGACUGCCAAAGACACAGAGAAGAAGAUCGUGCAGGCUGGGUUGGACAUCGAACGACUAGGCAAGGAGUUGAGAUACACGCAAGAAGUUGUGGUUGGCGAGUUGGCUGGUUGGACUACCUGGCGCGAAGAGUGGGGUAGAGAUGAGAUCAAACGACUAGCAAGGAAUGUGGUGGUCAAGGAACGAGAACGGUUGAAAUGCAUGCAGAGAGCGCUCAGGGCGUUGAAGGAAGUGUGA